AUGCGCGAAGAAACAAAGGAAAAGAUACUCAAAGCUACAGAAAUUGCUAAAACCAUUGUACAUUGGGGAUUUAUUCCGUUCAUACUCUACCUUGGUUAUAUUAAAAGCGAACCAAAACCUUCCUUGAUGAAGUAA